GAGAUGAAGAGCCAGGGAGAGGGGAGCUGGGACAAUCCAAAGUUCUCAUACAUGGGUUCCUGCAGCGUUCCUGAUAUAUGGACAUGGAUCAACAGCCUUCCACAAUCACCCCAAUGGGAAACAGACUCUCUCUCUAUCUCCAUAUGCUCCCCGAAACCAAACCAACCAGCCCUCAAAUUCUCAAUAAAAAAGCACCCUCUCCUUUCAAACUCAGUCGUCUUUUCACUCCUAAUCGAUCUCCGUUUCCCCAUCAUUCUUUGGUCUUCCAACCCCUGUGAACUCAACCCCCAAACCCUAAAACCAUAUCAACAAACCACUUUCUCUCUUUUCCUCAACUUCAUCACUCAUGUCCUCCAUUAUUCCUCUAAUACAAAACCCUCACCUACCAUAGUAAACGUUCACAUAACCCCAAAAGACCCCAAAUUUCCUGAAUUCUUCAACCUCUGUUUUGCCUCAAUGUCCUUGUGUGUGUGCAUAUACGAGGCCCCCCAAGACAUCCGAAACAUCUGCCUCCGCACGUUCCAGCGCCAUCUUACCCACAAUAAAUCAAAACAAACCCAAAAACACUUUCUCCAAGCUAUAGGUUCAAACCUAGAGGAGCAAUGGAUGAGGUCACUAGCACUAGCCAUCACUAAUAUAGGCCCAGGGAUAGCCCUAGAGCUCGGACCCUAUUCCUAUGCAACACCCAUUUUUGGGGCCUGGAAACUACGACUCUAUUGUCCUAUUGCUGCAAUGAAACAAGUGGGUGAGAGCUCAGGUGAGUGCUCAACGGAUGACCGCUUGCUAUUCUCUCUAAGACACCACCACCUUGAGACCGUGCUCCAACUUCGCUACUCACUGGCUUUUCAACACAAUUGGGUUGAUGUAUUCAUGAGCAUCGAUAACAUAAGGUGCGACAUUGUUCCCUUGGUCACCGAUGCAUUACUAGAGAGACGUGGAGCAGGAGAAGAAGAGAAGCACUUCCCCUCACGUAUCUCUCUGUAUGUAACCCCCAUUGAUGAUGCAAAUCUCUUAUCAGUUUCAGUUUUCAAAUCUUCAGACAACCCUACUCAUGAGAUUGGGACUGAAAGGGGAAUUGAAACUGGGUUUGAUGCUCCCCAAUCUUACUUUGGUGUCAAGGUCUCGGCCACUGACAGCAAUAGCAUGAGCAUGAAGCCAUGGAGGUUUGAGCAGAGUGCAGAGGGAAGUAGUGGGACCAUGAGCUGGUUCUUGCAUGAUAGCAUGGAUGGGAGGGAGGUCUUCUCAUCUAGGCCUUCUAAGAUGACAUUGAUUCAACCAAAAGUGUGGUUUCGGGACCGAUAUUGCAAUGCCUAUAGGCCUUUUACCAAGCAAGGAGGGGUUGUUUUUGCAAGGGAUGAGUACGGUGAGGGGAUUGCAUGGAGGCUUAGGAAAGAAGUGAAGGGCAUGCUUACGAAUUGGGAGAUCAAGGGGAGUGUUUAUGUGACAUAUUGGCCAAACAAAUAUCGAACUUUUUUCUGUGAGACCAAGUUUGUGGAGUUUCAGGAAAUUGUCCAGCUUGGCCUAGUGGAAAAGAGUUUCUGUGAGCCUAGUAUGGCCAAAGAGGGCACAGGGUUAAGUCGUUAAGCCUUAUGGACACUAUCCUGAGGGUCUGCUUUCUUUUCUUACCUUUUUUUCUCUCCCCUUCUUAGUAUACGUUCUGUCUGCUUGUGCUCCAAGCCACUACUUGUUAUAUACUUUCCCUAAACCAUGGAUGGGUAUGGAGACUUGCGAGAAUGUUAACAUUUUGAUUCCAUCAAGUUCAAUUAUUGUUUCCAUCAGUAGAGAGCAUAAACUCGUAUGUAUGCAAAACUGCUUUGCUCUAUAAUAUAUUUUAUUUUGAUGUAAUUAGACCAAGUCAACUAGCUCUUUGUGUAUCCCAUCCUGCAGUGUUCCUAAUUGCAAACAUUAUCUA